CAAGUUGCAUUGUUGUUCGUUUGUGAGCUCUGGGUACCGCGCACGUUCAGGAUCAGUCAUGGCGCUCCGCCAGAUUUUUGCUCGAACUUGGACACACGGAAAAUUUCCAGGGUUUAGAUCAGUGUACGAUGAGCGAUUGACAGACGUUGCCAGAGCGAGAGGUGCCUUGUUUUGCCAAUUGCGAUCUCUGACCUCGGAUGAAUCAUCCUCCGAAGAGAAACUUGCUGCAGAUGCUGCCCGCCGACACAAUCGGGAUAAACCCAACGUCUUCCAAAAGAUCAUCAGUGGGGAUAUCCAGGCUGAUACAAUCUAUGAAGAUGAGCAGUGCAUGGCAUUUCGGGACGUCAAUCCAGUGGCACCAACUCACAUCAUUGUCAUCCCGCGCAAGCCAAUUCCUUGCCUGAGUGAAUCCACUGAUUCCGAUGCUCCUCUUCUUGGACAUCUAAUGACUGUGGCACGUAAAGUAGCUGCCCUGGAAGAACUGAAGGAUGGUUUCAGGAUCGUGAUGAAUGACGGUCGCCAUGGUUCCCAAUCCAUCUACCACCUCCAUGUCCAUGUUAUUGGAGGACGACAGAUGCGCUGGCCACCAGGCUAACGAGUGACGACCAGGCUAGAGGGUUUCUUCAAGACUGAGCAAUCGUAGAGGCAGAGUGGCAACAUAUAUAAUGAGAUGUGAUUUGGGUUAUUAUUCAAACUGAUGAUUGCCAGCAAACAAAAUAUUCUUCAAAGUACUAUAGGCCCUGUGCAUGAGCUUUUUUGUGCGCUGUGGGCAGACGCAUGAAGUCAAGUUCUACACAUGAACACUGUGUAACAUUCAACAACUGAUUUUCAGCAGAAUGUGCACAAACCUUCAGCCAAUUCAUGUGUUAAAGAAUGUGCACAGCGUACAUGCUUGCAAAGUAUUUUUUUUCUUUUGAGUGCAUUUUCCCCAUUUUCCAGUACCCUAGGUGCAUUCUUUACCUACAAGUCCUCAGUAAUAUUUAUUAUUUCCGGUCUUUUUGCAUCUGGUUUCAUUUGAUGAACCAAAGCCAUCAUUGUCAGGUUAACAAACUCAUCCCAGUGUAUUAUGCGAUAAAGAAUUGGGUUUGUUUGUUUUUAAAGUAUUUUUUUGCAAGGACAUGGUUAGUAAGUAUACCUUAUUAAUGUUUACAUGUUUUGACCCAUUCAGAUGGUGUGCAUGCAUGUAUUGGUAACCAGGCAACAAAUUGUUUUAACUCUCACAAAUCAACGUCAGGCACUGCAUAUUUUGUGAAAUCAAUUAUUUCACAGUUGUUCAGUAUUUGUAAUUUUUUGGCAAAAACGUUGCAUGGCUUCACUGUGAUGCCCUUCCUAAAAAAAAUGCAGUUUGCUCUACAUUACAGUGAGACCUCACCACAUUUUGGUAAAAGCCCUCAAAAUAUUAACAGAUAACAAUAGAAGUCCUGAGUUCACAAAGUUCAAGUACGUGUCGUGGUAGUCAAGCCAGGGAGGGUUCUGGCAGAGAUGAUAGCAUGAAUGCACGAAUCGACUUGAGCACACCCACGCAACAGAUUUGAGUUUGACUUGAGUUCACAUCAUGGACUUAGGGCCCAUGGUACUCAUGCAGUUUCUGAGCAUUCAAUUUAUGAUGCGGCAAAUAAGGGGUAUGCGUACUUCAGAUAAAUCACUUCAUGAUGAGACUGUGGAGAUUGUAGUUCCCCUUUUGACUCACCUCAUUUCCUUUCAUUUUGUUGAUGUAUUACCAUUGAAACAUUGAAGACAUGCAGAAAGUCUUAUGAAUGUUGAAUUUCCUUUCUUUUCUCAAUUGAGUGACAAGUAUCCAAAUUUCUGUUAAAAGAGAAAGAAAAAUGGAAAAUUAUGUCUAAGUGUAUUGUAAUGCAACUACUACUACAGUUGCAUCUUGUUAAAAAUUAACAAAAAAAACGAUGUGAUAGGUUGUCUGCCACUUCACUGUGAUGCCCUUCCUCAAAAAAAAAUGCAGUUUACUGUACAUUACAGUGAGACCUCACCACAUUUUGGUAAAAGUCUAAGUGUAUUGUAAUGCAACUACUACUACAGUUGCAUCUUGUUAAAAAUUAACGAAAAAAAACGAUGUGAUAGGUUGUCUGCCACUUCACAUUUACCCACCCUGUCUAUGGAAUAUGAAAAGAUACCACCUAUACAGGCAUUUGUGGUGAAGCACCACUGAUCUAGAGUCUCUUUGAUGGUGGGUUGUCCGGUUCCAAGCAGUCCAAAUAGUAUGUCCUGUUUGUCAUGAGGAGACUUGUCCAUGAACCCUUCAAGUCACAUUCACCAGUAAAUCCAAUCCAUUUCUCGUCACUGCAUUCAAACAAGUUUGGUGAUUAUCAUAUUAACAACUGUCCCUUGCAAUAUGAAAGUGCAUGUGUCGCUAAAGUAUAGUUCUAAGGAGUUUGAAGUCAGUGAUGUGUAAUGAAGUGUCAGAUGUGAUUAUUUUUAAGAAUAAACUUUGAAAGUCUA